CUGAUCCCCUUCCCCCAAUUCUCUCUCUCACUCCUAUUUCUACUACUCAUCCUACUUCUCUCUCUAAGAUGUCGAGCGCCGAUCCAGGGCACAGAGACGACGAGGAGGCACCACUCGCCGGCGACGACGAGGACACCGGAGCUCAGGUCGCUCCGAUCGUUCGGCUGGAGGAGGUCGCCGUUACCACCGGCGAGGAAGAGGAGGACGCCAUCCUCGAUCUGAAGGCGAAGCUUUACCGAUUUGAUAAAGACGGUAAUCAAUGGAAGGAGCGAGGUGCCGGCACUGUCAAGUUUCUCAAGCACAAGAAGUCUGGAAAAGUCCGCCUUGUCAUGCGGCAAUCCAAAACCCUAAAGAUAUGCGCCAAUCAUCUUGUUCUACCGAAGAUGACAGUCCAGGAGCACGCAGGGAAUGAGAAGUCCUGUGUUUGGCAUGCAACCGAUUUUGCUGAUGGGGAAUUGAAGGAGGAGCUUUUCUGCAUUAGAUUUGCUUCAAUUGAAAAUAACAAAUUGUUCAUGGAGAAGUUUCAAGAAGUUGCUGAAUCCCAGAGUCCUGAAGAAGAAAGCAAAGAAGCCACUGAAGCUGCUGGGCUUCUCGAUAAAUUGAGUGUUGGGGAGAAGUCUGAGGCAGAGGCACCUGCUGCAGCUAAGAAGAGCGAUGCAGUAAAAGAAGAAUCACCUGCUGAGGAGAAGGCAGAAGAAAAGGCACCUGCUGCCAAGGAAGAGAAGAAAGACGAUCAAGAGUGAAGAGGGACGGUAUUUUUCUAUGGGUCUAUGGUUUUGUCCAAUUGGUGUCGUCGACGUCGUCGUCAAAAGUCGGGUUAGAUUUUAGGGUCAUGUUUGAAGGUUGGAAGAGUGGUUUGUUAUUCUCAGUAUGAUUUGUUUUGUUGUCACAGGGUUUCCCAUCCUAUUUGAUUACUUGGGAGUAAGUUACAGGUCAGUGAAAAUAACUUGAUAUAAGCCGAUGACGUUUUGUUUGGAUAUAAUUUCUUGAUUUGUUUUUAGGGUCUUGAAUUUUAUUUGUGGGCAAAUGUGGUACCGAAACAUGGCUUCUCUAUUUAUGAAACAAUUUGCCUAUUAUAAACA